AUUCUAUUCCGAGCCUCUUAUCGAUUAACGUUUCCCAAACGCUGCUUUCUUUUUCAUUACCCAUCGCUUUAUAUAGAGAUACAAUUUCACACUCGGAUUCAAAGCUUUCUAGGAAAAUAAAGAAAGAUUCGAGCUCUGGGUAUUUCUGGGUUUCAAGAUUAGAGUUGAAGGUUUAUUUUGUUUUCUGACAAUGGAGAGUUCUGUGAGGAUAAUUAAUGGUGGUAAAAGUUGGUGUUCGUGGAUGCAAAUCAAGGAAAAAAGGAAGAAGAGUACGAAGAAUACUGUUAGAGUUCUUUGUUCUUCGUCUUCGUCUUCUAUUAUGGAUCCUUAUAAGACUCUCAGGAUCCAACGCGGUGCCUCUGAAUCUGAGAUCAAGAAGGCAUUCAGGCAACUUGCUCUUCAGUAUCAUCCGGACGUUUGCAGAGGAAACAAUUGUGGAGUUCAGUUUGAGACGAUCAUUGAAGCCUAUGAUAUUGCGAUGAGUAAUUUGAGAGGGGAAUCACAAGAUCCGGAGCCAUGUAAUGAACAAGGAAUGGAAAACCCUGAAUGGGAUUUAUGGGAAGAGUGGAUGGGAUGGGAAGGAGGUGGAAUUCGUGACUAUUCUUCCCAUAUUAAUCCUUAUAUUUGAACAUAAUUCUUCAUCAACCCCUAAUUUAAUUAUUAUAUGAUCAGUGACUCCCCACAAUUUUGCAACCUCCUAAAACGGUAGUUGUAUGUAAAUGCCCUUUUAUUUUAUAUACAAAAGA